CACUCGCUCCCCUCCUCGCUCCCGCCGUCGCUACUCGCUAGUCCUAACGUUCGAACUAACACUCACUGCACCCGGCUUUUUUCUCCUCUUCUCUCCCAUCCCCCUUUUACGUCUCCUAGUGUCUCUCUUCACCGUUCUUAGCAUAGAUCGCUGUCUUAGUCCCUAAAAACUUCUACUUUGAAGAAAACUCAGUAGCUCUUGCUGUUUUUUUUUUCUCAUGACCUCUUGCAGAAAGGACAAUAUAAGUGGUGUUUAAGUUACAUAGGGAUAUAAGCGAAGGACUAUAAGUGCUUUUUUUUUUUACUACGCAUCUAAUGAAAAUACUAAUCACAUAAUAAAAGUGACAGGUUAAUUGUUAAACAAGUAUAGAGAGAGAGAUAGAGAGAGAGAGAGAGAGGGAACCUGCGCUGGGAGCUCAGGUGUUGUAAUUACUGUCACAUUAUGAUAAUUUAGGAAGGAACGAGCGACAGAGAUAACUGUUCGCGAAAUCAUCCGUUUUUCAACAAGAUAGAGUUCGAUUGGUGUGAAAGAAGAUUAAAAUACAGUGUUCGAUGGAUGUGCUGACAUUAUUCAGUGUCUGUGUUACGGUGAGAGUGAAUUAAAAAGAAAAGAAAAUAGGUUAUAUCUAUAUACGCAUGUCUGUAUAUGGUGAUGAAAUUCUCCGACGCAUCUUUUCCUCGUUAACUCUGAAGCAUGAAGAAACACGAUUAUGAUAGAUAGAAAAUCGAACACAAUACAUCGCAUUCAGGGACAAGGACUGUAACCUUUAGAAACAAACAAAAGAUAAGAAUACGAAUUACAGAUCAAGGAACAUAGAAAGAAGUACACACCCUAAGAAAAAAAAAAAAAAGGAAAAAAGAAAAAGAAAACGAAAGUACACAGGAAUAUAAGAAAAGGCAAAAAAAGAGACACGUAGGCCUAUACAACAUACCCCCCCCCCCUAAAAGAUAUACCAAAUUAGUAAAGGAAGAGAAUAACGUGCACACAGGAAUAAAAACAAGCUUGGACAACGAAGCAGUGGAGUGUGGGUCACAGCAAGCCAGCCUAACCCACGGCUUUUCUAUGGCCUCCCGAUGCCGCGAACAGCUGUAAGAGUCAGAGCUGUUGCGAGAGCACCUGGGAUGCCUCGCUGACUGAUUCGCCGCCUUUGAGAAGAUGACCGAGCCGCGAGAAAACGUCAUGAAUAAUUGAAUAACAAAUAAGGAAGCGAAAGAAGAAUUGAGAUAAAUGAAGAUAAUCAUGUGAAUUUAAUAUCAUCCUUGUGACGUCAUCGGUGAAAUAAGUGAGAAAAGCAAGGGGAAAAGAUAGAAAUAAAAUACUUUGAUAAACUGAUCGAUAUCUACCCAAAAGGGAAAGAGGGACUGGGAGAAAACAGACGCUAAAAUUCCAAAUAAAGAGAAGAAAGAGAUAAGCAGCGAUGACACAGGGACCGCCCCCGCCCCCCCUACGCCCCGACGAUGCCAAAGGGAAGGACUCGAAGCUCGAGCACCCAGCGCCUUCGUCCUCGUCCUCGUCGUCGUCCUGCCGAAGCCGAAGUCGAAGCCGAAGCCAUUCCUCACUCGUCCGAUUCCGUUGCUGGUAACGCGAACGAGGACCUCGCCGUCGCCGUCGCUGUUACCCCGCUCCUGGCACCCCGCCCCCCCCGCACUACCCCCUCCCCCUUCUUCUCCUUCCUCUCUGACCCCCCCGGAACCCCCACGAGGAGGAGUGUCUUGGCAGGUCGACGACGAUGACCCCAGGAGGACGAGGGGGGCAGAGGGGCGCCCCCUGCACCGCUGGCCUCGCCCUCCAAGCCUCGCUCCUCGUCCUCGGGAUCCUGUGGCAGCUUCACCGCGUCCAGGGCAUGGAAUACGUCAUAGGCGUGGCAGGAGAGAGAGCCAAGCUGCCGUGCUACCUCCAAGGGGAUAAACCAGGGGACAAUGCAAUUCUCGCUCUGUGGUACCUUCAGGGAAGACGUCUGCCGGUCUACAGUUACGACGCGAGGAACCACACAGGCCACGGGGAACACACCUUUCAGCCCGACAAGUCUAUAGCUUCGAGGGCUGUCUUCGAAAUCAACGAGUCCCCGGCGCGCCUCGUCUUCAACCCCGUGUACGCGAGCGACCAAGGACUCUAUACGUGUAGGGUUGAUUUCCUCUCUUCGCCCACGCAUAAUACGAUAGUCAACCUCACUGUUAUCGAACCGCCGGAGAAGUUAACCAUCUACAACCGACAGGAAGUGAUGGUCAUGGACAAGGUGGGGCCCAUCAACGAGGGAAGUCCCCUGUUCCUCGCGUGUGAAGUGAAGGGAGGUCGUCCCCAGCCAACAGUGUCGUGGUGGUCCGACCAAACCCUCGUCGAGAGAAGGUCAUACGUGACGUCAGCGGGUCACAUCAGGUCAGAGCUUCGCAUUAACGAGGUCACGAGAACUUAUCACAAGAAGAACUUUUCGUGUCAGGCUCAGAAUAACAACCAGAAAAAGCCGCUCAUGCAGGAGGUCACCAUAGAGAUGAACCUACGCCCUCUGAGUGUGCAGAUCCACGUGCCCGAAAACCCCCUUAUAGCAGGUCGUCAGUACACCUUCACCUGCGAGAGUCAAGGGUCGAGACCUGCACCUGUCAUCACCUGGUUCGAGCAGGGCAAGGAAGUCGAAGCCAACAGAGCUCAUACGAGAUCCAGCUCGAGCGAGAGGACGACUGGCUCCCUGGUGAUGGUUCCGAGGGAGCACGACCACCAGAAGAAACUCAAGUGCCAGGCCUCCAAUCCUGCCAUCGCCGGGAGUGCAAUCUCCGAUGACGUCAUUCUCAACGUCCAGUACGCCCCUGUAGUUCGGCUGCGGAUCGGGAAGAACCUGGUUCCCGGAGCCAUAAAGCAGGGCAGUGACGUGUACUUCGAGUGCGAGGUGGAAGCCAACCCUGCUCCUUACAAGAUCGUCUGGGAAGUGAAUACUUGUUGA